AUUUUUUCUCAAAUUUUACACACACUCCGAAAACAUUCUUCCUUUCUUCACAUACCAUUAUAUACCCACUUAUUUCUUUCUUAACAUACUAUCCCCACAUACCAUAUUUACUCUAACACUUUAAUAUAUUCAUUACCUUUUUUGUUUACCACUUUCCUCUCAUAUUAUAUUUAUAAUAUAUAUCAUAUAUAAAAAUGUCUAGUGAGGGUAAUAUUAUUCUUAUGGUGCAUUGGAAUGGUUCUACAUCUCAAAGAGAUGAUGAAAUAGAGUACUCCAUACCUCCUAGAGCUGUACUAUUCAUUAGUGAAGGAGAUGAUUAUACUACUAUACAUGAAAAUGUUCUCAAUCAUGUUAUCCGUGAUGGAUUUUCCGAAAUUAAAUUAAUUUACGGAAAAUUGCCGAAAUAUAAGAAUUCGGUAUAUGUUGCUUCUAGAUUAUGGCCCAUUCAUGAUGAGCGAACAUGGCGUCAUUUUUUCCGGAUCGCCACAAAUGAGUAUGAGGAGUUGCACAUUUACCUGGAAGUUUCAGCGACCCCGCCACAAAAUUUGACGUUCCACGAAACUGAUGGAGUGGAAGGCCCAUCAUCAAGUCGGAGGAACAACCGCCAAUCGUUUCAGAACCACGAAACUCCUGAUUCGGGUGAAGAGUCUGACGACCCAGACUAUGAACAAGGUUUUUGUAGUGAUGUCGAUACAACCACGAGGGAUGGUAAUGACGAGACAGUAGACCCCACCUGGGCCAAUGUAGAGCUAGAAGAACCAUAUGUGCUUGAUUCUGAGCCUCAAAGGAUCGAAGUCGGCGCAAUUUACCCUUCAUUUGAUGCACUGAAAGAAGCGGUGGCGAGAGAAAACAUUCGUCAAUUUCGUCAAUUCCAAUCGGUUGACAAAAGGGCACGGUCUUGGAAGGCGGUUUGCAUUUGCCCGACUGUUUGCACUUGGCAUAUCCAAGCAGCAGAAGGUAUGCAUUCCACAAAAUGGAAAGUUAAAAAAUAUCAACCCCAUCACAGUUGCACGGAGGAUCCUGUCACAUCUCGGGAUGAUAAGAUCCUAACGGCCAAACUCAUAGCGAGUGAAAUCGCUCCGAAAGUUAAAGUUGACCCGGACUACAGCAUUAAACUCAUAAUGUCAGACAUAUAUGAAAAAUUUAAUAUCCGUGUUUCAUAUAAAAAAGCUUGGAAUGGACGGUUGAUCGCUCUAGAGCGUAAAUUCGGCAAUUGGGAGGCCUCGUAUAAUGAACUUCCUAUGUUGUUGGAAGCUAUACAGUUUUCAAAUCCGGGGACGGUUGUUCAUUUGCAAUCACAACUACAGGUCGGCGUUCCUGAUACGUCUGAAUUCCGUCGAGUGUUCUGGUCAUUCAAAGCUUCUAUUGACGGAUUCAGAUUUUGCUUACCUGUAGUCUCGGUUGAUGGGACUCACUUGUAUGGCAAAUACAAGGGGGUUCUUCUAGUAGCGGUAGCCAUGAACGCUAACCGUGAGAUAUUUCCUCUUGCAUAUGCUGUUGUUGAGAGUGAGAAUGCUGACAGUUGGUCGUGGUUCUUUAGCUGGAUUAUGCGUGAUGUGGUUGGAAGUCAUCGUAGUGUGUGCAUUAUCUCCGAUCGUCAUGCAGGAAUUGAAAGUGCAUUUAGAUCCUUGCCAGAGUUGAGAUCGCCACAAGUUUCAAAGCGUUAUUGCCUCCGUCACAUACGGAGUAAUUUCAUGACCAAGUUCAGAAACGCAGAUCUGAAAAAGUUGUGUUGGCAAGCUGGUAGCACUCCCACAGAACAGGAAUUUCACGAAUGUAUGCAACAAAUACGAGGCUUAAAUGAGAGUGCCUUUUUAUAUUUGAAUGAGAUUCCUGUUGAGAUGUGGGCCCUGUGCUAUGACGAUGGGAAGAGAUAUGGCAUUUUGACGACAAACCUUUCAGAAAGUUUUAACAAUGUCUUAAAGGGAUGUCGCACAUUGCCUAUCACAGCACUAGUACAAGCCACAUUCGAUAAAGUUGUCCAACUGUUUGCCGAUCGACGAAAUGCGGGAAUAAUGUGGGACCAAGCUGGAUUCUUAUAUCCAAAGAACAUAUGGAAUGCUGUUCUUGAGCGAUCCCAGCGUAGGUAUCAGACAACUAUUGUCCCGCACAAUUUCACAACCGGGAUUUACUCUGUAGCAAUUACUUCGCAUGAUCCGGUGACAAUCGAUCUGACAAGGCAGGAAUGUGGUUGCGGGUAUUGGAAGCAGAAUGGGCUGCCAUGUGUUCACGCAUAUGCGGUUUGUCGGUUUUUAAAAAUAUCCGUAGACGGCCUCAUCCCAGCUGUGUAUUCGUUAAAUGCGUACAUCCGGACGUACGCUUCUGAUAUUAUGCCUAUUAAUAAUUACGUGCGAGAAACACAACAUACACUUCUCCCGCCCACAAACAACAGAUCUGCUCGAGCCGGUAGGCCACAAAGAACUCGAUUUCCCAACGAAAUGGAUUUGCGUGCUACGCGUAGAGAGGAUGAGUAAUAUUGUAUUGUAUAUUUGUAAUGAAAUUUAAGUUUUGCAUCCAAUUUGUAAUGAAAUAUUUGUUUCCCUUUUCGGAUCUAUUACAUUGUACGUGACGUUUUUGUUCAGAUUAAAUUCACA